AUGGAGAAGGGGCAGGACAUAGCGGCAUCCGGCGGUGAGAAAGGUUCAGAGCAGCACGCCAUUGAUGUAGUUCCCGUAGAGGUGGAGCAUGGAGACGGCAAGGGCGUCGUCCACGCCGGAGCCGGAGAUGACACCGAGAAGGAGAGACUGGUCGUUGUUGAGGAGCCCCAGAAGAAGAAGAGCACGAGGGUGGCGGCUCUCGAUGCCUUCAGAGGGCUCACCAUUGUGCUGAUGGUACUGGUGGACGAUGCCGGCGGGGCUUACCAGCGGAUGGACCACUCGCCGUGGAACGGUUGCACUCUGGCAGACUUUGUCAUGCCCUUCUUCCUCUUCAUCGUCGGUGUUGCGAUCGCCUUUGCCAUGAAGAGGGUUCCAAACAUGGGUGCCGCUGUGAAGAAGGUCAGCGUCAGAACACUGAAAAUGCUUUUCUGGGGCCUGCUACUGCAAGGUGGAUACUCUCACGCUCCGGACGACCUUGCUUAUGGAGUGGACAUGAAGGUGAUAAGAUGGUGUGGCAUCCUCCAGAGGAUAGCUUUGGUGUACUUCGUGGUUGCCCUCAUAGAGGUGUUCACCAUAAAGGUGCGGCCUGUCACCGUCCGUUCCGGUCCUUACGCCAUCUUCCAUGCCUACCGGUGGCAAUGGUUAGGCGGUUUCAUCGUGUUCGUCGUAUACAUGGUCACGACGUUCUCGCUGUAUGUUCCAGAUUGGAGCUAUGUGUACCAUUCGGAUGGCGAUGUCAAUGAUGGGAAGCGGUUUACGGUACAAUGUGGUGUAAGGGGUCACCUGGAUCCGGCUUGCAAUGCAGUGGGUCAUGUUGAUAGGGUGGUCUGGGGGAUUAAUCAUCUCUACUCGCAGCCCGUUUGGAUCCGGACUAAGGAUUGUACAUUUAGCUCACCAGAAUCAGGUCCUCUCCGUGCCGAUGCUCCAUCAUGGUGUCUUGCGCCAUUCGAACCAGAAGGAUUGUUAAGCUCAAUAUCGUCGAUUCUAUCAGGGACAAUUGGAAUCCACUAUGGCCAUGUUCUAAUCCAUUUCAAGACCCAUAAGGAGAGACUGAAACACUGGCUUUCGAUGGGCAUUUCGCUCCUCUUGCUCGGCAUUCUCCUUCACUUCACAAAAGCCAUUCCAAUCAAUAAGCAACUCUACAGUAUCAGUUACGUUUGCUUCACUGCCGGCGCGGCUGGAAUAGUUCUGUCAGCUUUCUACAUGCUGAUUGAUGUCUGGGGCCUGAGAGUACCAUUCUUGUUCCUCGAGUGGAUCGGCAUGAACGCCAUGCUUGUGUACGUCCUAGCGGCACAAGGCAUAUUUGCAGCAUUUGUGAACGGAUGGUACUAUGAGUCGCAAGAUAAAACCCUUGUUAACUGGAUCCAAAAGCAUGUGUUUGUCAAUGUCUGGCAUUCAGAAAGGCUGGGAACUCUGCUGUACGUCAUAUUUGGAGAGAUCCUCUUCUGGGGUGUUGUCUCUGGCAUCUUGCACAAGCUGGGGAUUUAUUGGAAACUAUGA